GACUCUUUCCCUUCGUGCCACUGACGGAGUAGCGAGAACACGAAAUGGCGUCGAACUGUGCUAGAAAAUCUCUCGGAAUAGCUUCAUCUUCCGCCAAAACCUUAUUUUCUCGCCGAUCUCCUUCUUCUUCUUCUGCAAAUGCCAAUAAAUUUAACGCCUCUGCUUUUCAAGCUUCACCACAAAAACGCUCUUAUUCCUGGUUACCGGUGCAGUUAGCUGGUACACAGGUAUCAUUGACACCAUUGCAUAGUGUCACUGCUUCUGCAUUAUUCACUUCUCUCUUGUCUUUGCAUAAUAAUACCUGGGGCGUUCUUUCUGAAGGUUUUGCAACACCCCUAUAGCAUACCGCUGAUAUUUUUGAUUUUAGGCUAUCCAGAUGCUAUUAGGUGCAGGUUUUGUUUCAAUACUUGUUUCUAGUAGGUGUUGUGAUUAAUAAUGUAAUUUGAUUAAUUUCUUAGUUACUGAGACUGUCAGGUGCAAUCAUCUUGUUUACAUUUACAAGGUGUUUUCUGUUUGAACUUCCCGUUUUUCCUGAUGGCUAACCCUUCAAUUUGGGAAAUUUUUCAUGUAAAAUGUAUAUCGGCUUUUCAAGCAAUAUUUUUCAUGAAUCUUCAGUUAAAUUUGUUAUCAUGUUAUAUAUGAUCUCGGAUCUCCUAUUGGUUA